CCCGCCCCCGCCGCCAUGCCGCGAUCCGCGCAGCGCUCCGCUCCGCUCCGCUCUGCCCCGGUGGGGGGGGAUGGGGGGUGGCACCCCGUAGGCUCCGCCCCGGUGGCCUCACGCAGCCCCGACACCUCGCACCGCCGCCGCUCGCCCGCGGCUUCCACCCGCACGGCCCCGCCGGCAGCGCGGUGCUCGCGGGAUGGGUGCGCGGUGCGUGCAGGACGGGUGCGGGUCGCCGCAGGGUGGGUGCGCGGUAGGUGCGGGAGGGAUGCGCAGGGCUCCGGGCGGGCUCGGUGCGCGGUGUCUGCAGGCACGGGUCAGCACGUGCCCGAGGAGAGGCGGGGCGGGUUAAUGUGUCACCGCGCGGGGUGCGGGGCGGUGCGGCGUCCCGCGGGUGGGAGGAGUCGGCGCUCAACGAGGGGUCUGAUGUGGGUAGGGGCCCUGCGGGCGGGAGGGCGCCGCGGGGCUGUGUCCGCAGCCGGGUCCAGGCGGGGUUGGAGUUGUGAUGCCGGUGGCCGAGAAGGUGGGGGAUACGCGAUGAAGCGGUGGCUGCGGGAUCGGAGGCUGCAGGAGCGGCGCGCCUUCCUGCAACGCGCGAUGCGGGGACCGGCCGACAGCGGGGACCUCCGGGACGCCGAGCCGCCCGCCGGCUCCCCGAACCUCCACGGCCCCGUCAUCGUGCCUGAGCCCCUCUCGGGCGACGCCGCCAGCCCCCCCCCGACCCCCGGAACUCACUCGCAGAGGGACCUGGCCCUUACGGCGGAGGCCGUGCGGCGCAGCGACUUCCUGCGACGUUUGGGAGGGGGCCGCCCCGAGGCUCUGGCGUGGAGCUUCGUGACUGUGAGACGCGAGGACGGCGACGCGGUGGUGGCCGAGGGCGGCGAAGGGACGGCCAUGAACAUCGUGGCAGCGCUCGGCCCCGUGCGCCUCUGGGCCAUUGACAGGCAGCGGUUCCGUGCCAUCACAACCGGCAACGCCCGGCAGCGGCGGGCCGAUGUGCUGCGGGUCCUGAGAGUGGUGCACUGGCUGCAGGAACUGUCGGACAGCCACCUCUCCAAGCCGCUUGAUGCCAUGGAGGAGUGCUCCUUCACACCCGGCCACCUCAUCAUCCGCGAGGGCGACGAGGGGCAGAGCUUCUACAUUAUCCUGAAGGGCGAGGAGGUGCUGUGCUGUGGGGCAGUGCCAUGGGACAGCGCUGGGUCUCUCUCACCCCGCUCAGCCCCACAUCCCCACAGGUGCAGGUCAGCCGGCAUGAGGAUGGGCAGAAGAAGCUGCUGCGGGUGCUGGGUGCAGAAAUGUGUCUGUAACAGAGGUGCCAACCCUGACGGAACCCAGGUGGAGCUGGGGGUCCCCCCACUUGCCGCAGCCCUGCCCAGCAGUGCAGCUGGAGGAGCUGGCAGCCAUGCACUACGAGGAAGGGCAGAAGCAGGGGCAGCUCGUCAUGCUGGGCACCGGUGGCUUCAGCAGGGUGGAGCUGGUGCGGUGCCACAAGCAGCUCUUUGCACUGAAGCGGAUCCGCACAUGCACACGGGGAGGAGGGUGCUGGCCGCAGCCACUGCCCCUUCAUUGCAGGGUUCUUUGGCUCCUUCCAUGAUGCGCAGCACAUCUACCUGCUGCUGGAGUUCUGCCAGGGAGAAGAGCUGCGGACCAAACUGCGUGAGGCGCUGCUUUGAGGAACCCCUGGCUGUAUUCUGCACUGCUUGUGUGGUGGAGGGCCUGGAGUACCUGCAUGGCCACGGCAUCAUCUACUAGGACCUGAAGCCU